GUGCUGACGCGAGAGAUAUUGCGCACACGAGCUCACAGUGCAACACAGCGGCAAACACACCGACAGCGCGAGAGCGAUGCGCAGCGCACUCACGACUCUCCGUUAAAGCAGACCUAGAGCAAAGGUAAAUCAUGUUAUUCCCUGUUAAGGGGGUGUCCAUCUUAGCCUGCCUACACCUCCUCCCCCUUUUCCUCACUCUCGUUUAUGGAAUUCAAGGAGCCACAUUACGGGAACAUCGCUUGCGCGAACCGGGUUCAUAUGAACCCGGGUUCCAGCUCCGUCCUCCUCCAAGUGCCGAGAUGCUCAGAGCGCUACGCUACAUCCAAAGUCUUAGCCAGGGAACCCUGUCCAAACCCCCUGCGGACAAUCAACAGCCGGUGGACACAGACCUCGAACCAGAUGACAUGGAGAGUGUUCGUUCAAUGCUCCGACUAGCAGCUCCUGCCCAAGGAUCCAUGGCGACGGAGAGAGAUCUGGAAGAGAGGGAGGAUGACAACAACAAAGCUCAACAGUGGCUGCAAGCGGUGCUUACUACACUACAACAGACAGAAGAGCAAACGGUUCCCCAAAAGAUGUCUCGGAAGGUCACCGGGCACACCUCAUCACCGCCUCACCCUCACUAUCCCAUCCAGCCGAGACCAAAACAACAGCUGGAAGUGGAAACCUCUAGCGCUGAAAAUUACGAGAGAAGCACAUGGGGAAAUCCGAGCAACCAGAGGCGACACCGACAGUACCCGCUAAUAUUUGAGAACGAGGAAGACCAAGAACAGCCACUGAAACGGACCAAUGAGAACGCAGAGGAGCAGUACACACCCCAAAAACUGGCCACGCUUCAGUCGGUGUUUGAGGAACUGAGUGGAAUCUCCACUGCGAAGACCAACAGCAAGCGUGAAAGUGCAGUCGCCAGCAGUGAGGAUGAUGAUGACUUGUACAGGCAGAGGAAGAUGGCUUUGGAGGACAUCUUGGGAACAAACGAAUGGGAACCUUCAGAGGAGCAAACAGAAAUAGAAGAAGAACAAAGAGAGAGACAUGGAUUUGAUGAUGAUGAUGAAGUCAAAAGAUCCAACCAACCUGAUUUGUUCACAACAGAAAAAGAGGACUCCGAAGACAUCGCAAAACUUGUGAACCUGCUGAAACUUCUAGAAAGCAAAGAGCAAAAACGUGAAGAUGUGAACGACAUGGAACAAGAGGAGCAAGAAACGUAUAGAGAAGUAGAGAAGAAAGAUGCAAAUGAAGAGGACGAAGAGGAGGAGAAUGAGGAGAGAGAUGAAGAAGAGAGAGAAAUCAAGUCCAUGCAUAAAACAUUCCCCCAGACUUUAUCACAGCUUAUCACAAUGUCACAAAAGCUCCAGAUCCCACCGGCGGAUGUGCUCGACCUCCUUCAGAACAACCUGAAGGACUUCAGAAUCCCGGCGCAGUCGCGAACCCCCCAACGCACCUACACGCCGCACCAACGUCCACUGCAGACGUUACAGAGGAACAGGGUCACACAAGACAUCUUGAGCAUCCUCGAGCUGGUGAGCGCGGCGCAGCAAAACGAUAAACUUCCCCAAAGACCCUCUCAAACAAAACCAUCACGUUACUACGAGAAGGAACGAGACCUCCCAAGCUACGGGUUCCUGGAACCCAGCAGGGACGACUACGAUGACACCACAGGCGAGGAAGACGAACUCACCAGUUUCCUAGCAUCAGAGAUGCUCGCGCCAAGGCAUGCACAUCUGAGGCCCGCCCUCGAGCAACGAUCCAUCUACGGUACGCUUGAACGUGCAGUCCAGGAUUACUUGGAUAAAAACUCAGCAGAAAAGAGACCAGUGGAGCGCAAGAGCACCGCCACGAGUUUAGACGACAACACGAUGAUGAGGAUCCUAAAAUACCUGGAGCCCGAGAGCGAUGACGAAACGGACUCUGAGAGCAAAACCAUCCCUGAGAUGUAGAGAUGUACAGACUGAUUAUAUUCAUUGUUUGAAUUUCGAAUUGUCAUAUAAUAAAUUAUUUUGAAAUAUAUAUAUACACACAGUAUAUACAUUCCUCGAUUGUGUUUAGUCAACCUAGUGUUUAGAUUUUUUCUUAUUUUGUGUUCUGUAGAAUAAAGCAGUAUUUUAGUAAAAGCAAAGAAUUGUUUUUUUUAGUUCAAGGUAGUCGUUUUUCAGUAGCCAACGAUGUAAGUCACUGGUGAACAUAUGAACACACACACACAGAUUUCCUCCAGACAUUAGUUGUGUUUUUGUGCGUGUGAUGAGCUCAGAGGUCAAUAAAGCACUUGUUCACACUGCG